AUGGCGGAAAGCAACCAGCUCGCAGACCAGCAAGUGCUGCAAAACUUCCACAAAUCAUGGGCCCUGCGCGUUCUCCCCGACUCCCUGAAGCCGUACGGCGAGCUUCUACGCCUUCACCGACCAGCUGGCAUCAUGAUGUUCUAUUUCCCCUGUCUCUUCGGCACAUUCCUUGUCGGCGCCCUCAACUCCUCCAAAUCCGUUGAUUUCUUGCAUCUCAUCCUCCUCGAAAACGCCAAACUCCUACUCCUCAGCUUCCUGCUGCGCGGCCUGCUCUGCACCUGGAACGACAUCAUCGACCAAGACGUCGACCGCCAGGUAGCACGCACACGCGUGCGCCCCAUCGCGCGCGGCGCAGUCUCGACGCCUGCGGCGCUGGUUUUUACGGGUUUGCAGGUGUAUUUGGCGUGGCUGGGGUUUGGCUUGUUGCCAGCAGAGUGUCUCACGGCGGCACUGCCGUUUCUGGCGCUGCAUGUUUUUUAUCCCUUUGCGAAGCGGUUGACGCAUCAUCCACAGUUUAUUCUGGGGCUUGCGCAUACUAAUGGGGUGUUUAUGGCGUUUCCGGCCAUGGGGAUGCCUCUUUUGUCUCUGGGUGGUAUUUUGUCGCCGUGGUCGUCUGUUGGUGAAGAGGAAGGGCAGGCAAAUCUGCUAUGUGCAAUUGCCCUUAGUCUGGCUAUCCUCUUCUGGACCCUUCUAAACGACACUAUCUAUGCAGCCCAAGACCUCGCUGACGACAAAAAGGCCGGAGUAGGAUCAACAAUGAUCUACUGGGAGGAUCAAGCACGCAACUUUCUGCGCGUGCUGGGUAUUCUCACGGUAGUGGUGCUCCUGGGUAUCACGUUCGUCAUGAGACGCUGGUCCAUCACGGAUGGGGUGGUGUACAGCGCGCUGACGUGCGGGGGAACGAUGCUGGGACUGUAUCUCAUGGUCGAGUAUGUGGAUUUGGAAGAUCCGGCGAGCUGUGGAUGGUGGUUUAAUCGGGGAAAUGUGUUGGUUGGGGGAGCCAUAGCCAGUGGGCUUGUGGGUGAAUGUCUGGCUGGGACGGUGUGGCAGUGA